AAACAUGAAGUCGAUUUAACCGAGCGAACUGCUGCUAGUGGGAAAAUCUCUUUUAAAUUGAUCUUUUUCUUUAGGUUUAAAUCAGGAGUACAGGAAGGAGAGGAGAACGAGCAUGUCUGAACUCAGCCCAAACUCUGACGAGGAGGUUUGUCCCGAGGACAUCGACGAGGAUGAAAUCCUUGCCAAUCUGUCUCCCGAAGAGCUCAAGGAGCUCCAGUGCGAAAUGGAGGUGAUGGCUCCGGACCCGAAGGUCCCCGUGGGGAUGAUACAGAAAGACCAGACCGAGAAACCCCCGACGGGGAGCUUCGACCACCGGUCGCUCGUCGACUACCUGUACUGGCAGAAGGCGUCCCGACGCAUGCUCGAGGACGAGAGAGUUCCCGUCACCCUCCUGCCCUCUGAGAGAAACGCUGCAGCGGAGGCUGGAGACAGCGCGGCUGAGGCCGGCAGCGCUGCUGGCAGGAGGCGGCCAGAGGCCGAGGGGAAAGAGAGGCACUACCAGAACGAGCACUUGUCAAACGCGCCAGCACGGUCUGCAGAGCCAAGCAAAGACGGGAGCGAUAAGGAGAUAGAGGAGGAGGAGGAGGAGGAAGCAGAUGAUGAAGAGGAAGAUGAUGAAGAGGAAGAUGAUGAAGAGGAGGAGGAGGAGGAGGAAGAGGGUGAUGAGAAUCAACCAGAGACGACGGAGACAUACGCCAACGAAAACAGUCACAGAGUUCAGAUAAGUAAGAAACUAGGUACAGACUCAGAGGAACUGGCAGAAAAGCAAGAUGAAAGUGAAAAGAAAAUAUCAAAAUUAAACAUCCCCAAAAAGUUAGCACUAGAUACUAGCUUCAUAAAGCUAAGUGCCAGACCCUCAGGAAAUCAAACCAAUUUAGAAGAGAGUUUGGAGAAAGUCCGAAAGAACAAUCCGGACGUGAAAGAGCUCAACCUGAACAACAUAGAAAACAUCCCCAAAGAAAUGCUGAUAGACUUUGUAAACGCGAUGAAAAAGAAUAAGAACGUAAAAACGUUCAGCCUGGCCAACGUGGGAGCCGACGACAACGUUGCCUUUGCGCUGGCCAACAUGUUACGUGAGAACAGGAGCAUCACGACCUUAAACAUCGACUCCAACUUCAUCUCGGGCAAAGGCAUCGUCGCCAUCAUGAGGUGCCUGCAGUACAACGAGAGCCUGACGGAGCUGCGCUUCCACAACCAGCGCGGCAUGCUGGGCCACCAGGCCGAGAUGGAGAUCGCCCGGCUGCUGAAGGCCAACCCCACCCUGCUGAAGAUGGGCUACCACUUCGAGCUGCCGGGGCCCCGGAUGGUGGUAACCAACCUGCUCAGCAGGAACCUGGACAAGCAGCGACAGAAGAGGCAGCAGGAGCAACGGCAGCAGCAGAUGAAAGAGCAGCGAGAGCUGAUAGCGAUGCUGGAAAACGGACUUGGGCUGCCUCCUGGGAUGUGGGAAAUGCUGGGGGGGCCGAUGCCGCAGCCCAGGGCGUGUGAACCUCCGCCGGCGCCGAAGCCGCCCGUCCCCACCUCCGCGUCCCCGAGCAGGAGGAAGGAGAGCGCGAGGCAGCCGGCCCCCGAGCAGCCGCCCCGGGAGCAGCCCGUCAGCUACCGGGUGGUCAAGCUCAAGAAGACGCAGCGCAAACCCACCGUGUCCAAGUACGUGGAGCCCACGGAGAAAACCAACCUCAAGGACGUCAUCAAAACCCUGAAGCCGAUCCCCAGGAGACGGCCGCCCCCCCUCGUCGAGAUCACCCCGAGAGAUCAGCUCCUAAACGACAUUCGUCAGAGUAACGUUGCUUAUCUUAAACCGGUGCCAUUGCCAAAGCAGUUAGAGUAAGAGACCAGACGGACCUGAAGAAAACAACUUGGAAUAAAGACUGUGCAAGUUUUGCUUACUAUUGUUGCACCAGAUGUCUUCUUCAGAAGCCAGGUGGUAUACAUGACUCUUUGGGAACAAAGCUUGCAACAUGCACUUUUGUAAGUGUGAUGAAAAGGCUGGAAUGGGAGAAGUCAGUGUUAAGAGUUUCCAUCAGCUAUCAAACAAUCGUGGUGCCAUCUGUCUGCCAAAUGGAUCCAAGGCUCCAGUUUGCUGCGGGAGUUAUUUUCUCAGAGGCAUCAAUAACCCUAAGUCUGUAUGGUUUGUCAGUAAACAACUUUGCUUCCAUGUUGUCCUUCUACUGUCACAUUCUCCAGGAACGUGUUGUGCUUUAUCUUAUCUUUUUUUCCACAACAUGCUCCUUGCUUUACUCUCCUGUCCAUGAGAAAUGCAUUUGGUUUCUGUGUAAACAGCUUUAUUUUUUAGGCUCAGGAAACAGAAAUGAAAUAAAAGCUCCCUCCAUAAGAUGUGUGCAGCACUUCCAUGGCUAACAGGUUUACAGAACAGAAGGACUACUGUCUCUGGAGCCAAGAAGAAAAAUUCAAGGCAUAGGACAUUGAACACAAAGGCUUGAUGGUUUCAAGCUACAUGUAUUACAGAACACAUUGUAGCUGGUAUUGUACUUGGUCAGCAUAUAAAAGAAGAUGCCAUGAUCUGUUUUGAGAGCUGUA